CGUCCUCCUCAUCCCCCUCUCAUUUGUCCGAUGUGUUCUGACGCUCUCUCUGUGCCCUUUCAUCCUCUCACCUCUCUCUCUGCUGGCCCUCCCCCCUCCUAUCACCGCCCUUCACCGCCGGUAUCCACGGCUGAUUGCCAUCCGUCUCAUCAUCCACGGUUUGGACACGUCCAAGCUAUUGAUCCGUUGUUGACCCCGCAAUCUGGUUUCAGAGGGAAAGAUGGAGUGAGAGGAGGCCAAAAAGAAGGCAUUGAGGAUUUGGCACUUUUUCUGUACGGCUAGAUUGUAAUUUGAAAAGGAGAAAGCUUCCCAGAUAGAUUUACAUAUGUAGAAAGCAUCUAAGAGAAGGCAUAGGGGCCACAAUCUGUAAUCCUACCUUAGCUUUGUAAGGAAGUCUCGGAUUCUAGAAUCAUUUGAAGGGGGAAAAGUAGAUAUUUUGUAGGUUAUUAGUUUCUUAAAGAUCCACCCUGGCUACUCAUUAUUAAUAUGGUUCAUUAGCUUAAAAAAUCUGUGGAGUUUGGGCAAUGGCUUUUUAUUCCGAAGAGGAAAAGACCGAGGAUUAUCUGUUCAAGAUUGUUUUAAUUGGUGAUUCAGCCGUUGGAAAAUCCAAUUUGCUUGCAAGAUUUGCUAGAGAUGAGUUCUACCCUAAUUCGAAGUCAACUAUAGGAGUAGAGUUCCAAACCCAAAAGGUGGAUAUCAAUGGUAAAGAAGUCAAAGCACAGAUCUGGGACACAGCUGGUCAAGAGCGGUUCAGGGCUGUCACAUCUGCAUAUUACAGAGGUGCCGUUGGUGCUCUUUUGGUAUAUGAUAUCAGUAGACACCAGACGUUUGAUAGCAUUGGCAGAUGGCUUAACGAACUCCACACUCAUUCUGACAUGAACGUAGUUACGAUACUUGUUGGCAACAAGUCCGAUCUCAAGGAUGCCAGGGAGGUACCCACUUCUGAGGGCAAAGCCUUGGCAGAAGCACAGGGUUUGUUUUUUAUGGAAACGUCUGCUCUUGAUUCGUCCAAUGUCUCUGCCGCUUUUCAGAUGGUUGUGAAAGAGAUCUAUAACAUACUAAGCCGCAAAGUUAUGAUAUCUCAGGAGCUCAAGAAACAGGACCCCAGUUGGGUAGGGAGUGGAAAGACGGUGGUUUUGCAAGACGGGAGCCAAGAAGCAGCAGUUGCAGAGCCUAAAAAAGGUGGGUGCUGUUCAUCUUAGGGAUACACAACACAAGAGGUGUGGACGGAUCAUUUUGGCGGGUCCCAACAACCCUCUUCUUCUUUUUUUGUUUUGUUCCCACUAAUGUUCCUUGCAUUCCUUUUCCAUGUGAUCUAAUUUCUUGAAUUUGUUUAAAUGUUCAUUCAAGAAACAUGUUUUCACUCAGUCGGUUGAAGAUAAGAAAUUGAGGUAGAAGAUGUAAAUGACCUGAAAGGUGGAUUAGAAAAGCUUAUACAAUGUUCAAAAUCCAGUUAUCAAAAUGCACUGUACUUCUUAGCCAGUUUGUGUUUUUUCAUUUAUUGGUUCCUUAUUCUUAA